AUUUGAUCUGUCUACUUCAGUCCUGCGACUGUUGAUCACUACAAGGCCGGCAUGGUGCUGAGCGGCGUGGGUGACGCUCUCGGCUUCAAGUGGGAGUUUGUGUUUUCCGGACCACGAAUCCAAGAGGAUGUUCUAAGGCUCGGAGGAGUUGAGAACAUUACUGUUAGCCUUCCUGAUUGGCCAGUCAGUGAUGACACAGUGCUUCACUUGGCGACCGGUGAAGCUUUAGCCACAGGUAAGGAAGGUGAGGAGCUUCUGCAUGAGGUGGCUUUCCAUUACAAAAAGGGUAUGAAGGACAUGUCUGGAAGGGCUCCAGGAGGGGCCACCAUUCAUGGUGUGCAUCAGUUGAAGCCAGGAGUUAAAGGAGGCUACAGAAUCGCUUAUGCUCAAAGAAGUGGAGGAUGUGGAGCUGCCAUGAGGGCUAUGUGCAUCGGUCUAAGAUACCCUCAACCAGAGCAGCUCUCCUCACUGGUUGCCAUUGCCGUGGAGACUGGAAGAAUGACCCACACACAUCCGACCGGAUUCCUCGGUGCUGUUGCUUCUGCGUUGUUCGCAGCCUAUGCCAUCCAGCGACGUCCAAUCACAACCUGGGGGCUGGGUUUAGUAAAGGAGGCGUGUCCAGUCGCAAAGGACUUUGUGAAGUCAGCGGGAUACGCCAUUCCUGAGACAGAGAGAGACUGGGGAUACUUUACUGAGAAAUGGGAAAAGUAUCUAGCGUUGAGAGGUUUGUCAUCAGGAACUGGUCCUGUGGUCUUUCCUGAGGUUUACACAACUGCUGAACGCGAUAAAGCGUACAAAAGCUUUAGCUGGUCUGGAUGGGGGGGCAGCAGUGGUCACGAUGCACCAAUGAUAGCUCUGGAUGCCCUCAUGGGGGCGGGGUCAGACUGGAAGGAGCUAAUAAGCCGAGGAGCAUUUCAUGGAGGAGACAGCGACAGCACGGCGGUUAUAGCCUGUUGUUGUUGGGGUCUGAUGUACGGGAUGAAUGGAGUGCCCGAGUGUAACUACACUAAACUGGAGUACAGGGACCGCCUGGAGACGUGUGCCAAGAAACUUUACACCUUAUCACACUAAAUACUUCAAUUCAUUGUCGCUUUAAAGGCAAAUUAGCUGCAUUUGUGGAAGUGCAUUUCUCUAGCCAGUCAGAAUACGAGAAAGGGGACUUCUCCCUUGGUAAGCAAAAUACUUUUUACUCCACAUGUUUUUAGGUACUUUAUUUUUUUAGCAUUUCCCACCCAUCUUUAGGCAUUUCUACUGAACAAAAUAAGGGUUUAAGGGAUCUGUUGUGUGUAUAUACAACUGUGUUCAUUUGCAACAACAUCCACAAUGUUUACCUGUUUAGUGAUAUAAGAGUUAAAGAGUAUUACGGCGUGCACCUAUCUACCUGAUCUACUAUCGCUCCUUGCUAACUAUGUAGGCUCCCUGGGCAGCACCCCCUUCUGCAGGUAUGCAAAGGGACGGAGCCGCCUAUUCGGGCCGGCUGGCGAUAAUUAGCGUUAAUAGGACUUUGGGCUUGCUCCGCAUUAUAAAAGCAAUGCGCAGAGUAUAGUUCGGGGUGCAGGAAGUACUGUGUAAUGUGAUGGAAUAGAAGAGAGUGGCAUGCAAGAUGUGACGCGCCCCAGGGACUUUAAACAUGGACACUGGAAUUACGCCCUUUGAUCUCCACGCUGAGGACAGCACAGGAAAGAACUGCCCGAGCUCCCGCAGCACCUUCACUCCCGCACCAAGCCCGUCUUUGCUGUCCUGCCCCCCAAGAGAAAAAGUCCGCGAGGAGGUUUGCCGAGAUCCAAGCCGGGAAAGCCGCCCAGCAAACGGACGUCAGCGAGGACUCCCGAAGAGCUGAAAGGGGCCAGCCUGGCCAUCGACAGCAGGAGAAGCGCCAUCAUGGGAGCGUGCAGGAACACUGCCUCCUUGUGCUCCGUUCUGCCACUCCGCCCACUGCCACCUAUCGCCAGCUGCGUGCCCGCAUGCCAGCAUGGCACUUUAUCCCAUCCCCUUUCUUUCCGUCCUCCCUCCUUUAACUGUGCUUUAUGGUGCCACGCGUCGAACCUGGUACAAAAGCAACUAAAAGCUAAACUAACACUAAACACUAACCUAGCCGUUUUUACCUUUUAAGAAACUGUGAGACAGAGCACCAUAUCUGUUGCAUUUUAACUGAUUUUAACAACGUUUUAACACUGUUUGAGUCCCAGAGAAUUAAUGAAAAUAGUAAGUUUACCUGUGUACCUUAACUGUGUUCACUUUACACAUCUUCUAAAAGAAGGAUAUUUAUAUGCUGCCUGAUUUAUUUAUUUUUAAUCAAGGGACCAAAGCUCUCCAGACCUGCCUGGUCGAAUGUGAAAAAGUAAUUGCCCCCAAACCUAAUAACUGCUUUUGCCACCCACAAUCAACUACAAUCAAGUGUUUACGAAAACUGCCAGUGAGUCUUUCACAUCAUUGUAGAGGAUUUUUGGUCCACUGUUCCUUGGCAGAAUUGUUUUAUUUUAGCCUAAUUUCAGAAUUUUCAUGAAUGAAUGGCACAGCAUCUUUGAUUUUGACUAGGCCACUCCGAAACCGUUAUUUAUUUUUUUGUUUUUUGAAACCAUUUAGAGGUGGACUUGCUGGUGUGUUUCAGAUUAUUGUCCUGUUGAAUAACCCAAGGGCAUAUGAGCUUGAGGUCACAAACUGAUGGCCGGACAUUCUCCUUCAGGAUUUUCUGGUAAAGCGCAGAAUUCAUGGUUUCAUAAAUUAUGGCAAGUCGUCCAGGUCCUGAAGCUGCAAAGCACCAGACCAUAACACUAACACCACUGCAUUUUCAUAAGAUACACUUGAGUUAAUGCUAAAUAAAAAUAAGCUAAAAUAUUUAUAAAAUAUACUAUGUAAGUCUAUGAAGAAGG